AUGCUUGGAGAGAAAAUGACAGACAGGGAAGGAAAUGGAGCAGUGGAAAGUAGCAGCGUGGCCGAGGACGUGUUUGACUCAGGCGCUCCACACAUCGCCCUCGGACCCACGGUGAAGAAGGCAGCGCCUCAGAAGCUGAUCAUUCCCUCGGCGGCCAGCGUGAGGAAUAAGAUCCACCAGUUUGAGAGUCUGAGUCAGAGAGCUGUGGGCUCCGCCGCCGGCCAGUUCCCCAAGCCCACCAGGACCUUCUCCGUUCCAGUCCAGCCCAGUUGGACACAUUCAACACCAGAGCCAAGUCCAUACAGGAGCCUCGUGGACCUGGCCCCUCCUGUCGCCACGGAUCUCCAUCGUAAGGGGACGAAACGGAACGAGGACCUGAAAGCCUGGGUGGCCAGCGUGAACCAGAAGAUUGAGGGCUUGAGCGACGAUGAUGAUAAUGAUGAUGAUGAUGAUGAUGAUGACGAAGGCACAGAGAAAGAUGAUGAUUCCAACUAUGAUUCAGACUCGGCAGACUCCUCAUUGACUAUAACCAGUAACAUGAGCCAAUCGGAUCGCAGGAGCUUCUCUCACUGUUUACUAUGUGCACAGAAUUGUGGACUCAAGUGUCUACCAAAGGGCAUAUUCAGUGUGCUCUGCAUCCAACUCACCCCCUUCCCCUGCCGCAGCCUUGCAGACCUGUGUAACUUCGGCGGAGUGGACUACGAGUCCGGGAGUGAGAGUGAGGGGUGUCUCCCCGGGCGUCGCUCGGCCUCCCUGAGUUCCAACACCUCGGCCCAGAGCCUUGCAGACCUGUGUAACUUCGGUGGAGUGGACUACGAGUCCGGGAGUGAGAGUGAGGGGUGUCUCCCCGGGCGUCGCUCGGCCUCCCUGAGUUCCGACACCUCGGCAUUCUCCUGCGUGUCAGUGAUGCCCACCGAGGAGCUGGACCGCCUCCUGGCUGACGUCAGGAGCCUGGACGAGGACUCUCUGCAGAACUACAACGACGUAGUGGUGGUGGUCCUCCAUAAGGACAUCGGAGUAGGGCUGGGUUUCAGCAUGGCAGGAGGAGCAGACCAGAACAAGCCAAUCACGGUGCACAAAGUAUUCCCCCUUGGGGCUGCAGCCCAGGAGGGCUCCAUGCGGGCUGGUUACCAGGUCCUGUCCAUCAACGGCACAACCCUCUGUGGCUCGGGACACUGGGAGGCCACCCGGACCCUGAGGAAGGCCAAGAGCCGGGGGAUGGGGGUGGUGGUCCUGAAGAGAAGAAAGGGCCUCGCUCCCUCUGCAGGAAGAGAGGGGGUGGAUGAGCUAGACAGUGCUCUGGUUCAAUCCAGAGACCCAGGUCAGCGUGUGUGUGUUCAGUUGGAAAAGCAGAGCAGGGACCUGGGGUUCAGCCUGGAGGGCGGAGUGGGCUCCAGCCUUGGGGACAAGCCGCUCAGCAUACAGAAGGUCUUUCAGGGGGGUCCAGCUAGUCAGGUGCUUCCUGGGGACGAGGUGGUGGAGAUUAAUGGUGUGGACACCACAGGAAUGAGACGCCUAGAGGUCUGGACCUUCAUCAAGAACCUGCCCCCUGGCCCUGUGGAUGUUAUACUGCGCCGUCCUUUAACGACAUUGCAUACAUAAAGGAGGAUGUAUCCUGGGUAUCACGGCAUCUUCACUUUUGCUUACUUUCCGGGCAGCGAUGCAAGACCAUGUGCCUUAAAGACUGUCACCAAUAACAAGUAGGCUUGGUCCUCCUACCAGCCACACUAUUUUAGAAGGAAUUAAGACAGGAGUGAAGGAGAAGCAGAAGGGACGAUGAAGGAAGGCAUAUUGUCAACAACAAAGCACUGAAGAAAAGCCUCUUAGACUAUGGAUCACUGUUACAAAGGAUGUAAUAUAUUGUGAAUAGAAGACAAAAUAUGUUUAAAACUAUUGU